AUGAAUUCGACGCAUCAAAAAAAUGAUAUUCGUUUGAAUGAUAUAUCAACAACGAAAACUUAUGAUGAACACGAUCAUAAUGAUAAUAGUCGUACAAAAUCUUCGUUAUCUCAAGAUUCCGGUGAUCCUGAACAAGAGUUAACACGAAUUUUAACAACAGAAAAUCCACAUGGAUCGAAAAAUUUAGUUAUGUUUAGUAAUCGUGAUAAACAAUUUGUACCAUUAGGAAAUUUGGAACAACUUAUAAUACAUUACUCGUAUGAAGGAAAUCUUAUACCAAUCGAUUCUGAAGAAGCGAAAAUUUAUUUGCAAAACGAAAAAAAUCAUAAAAAUCGAAUUCUUCCAACAGCAUUACUUGAUACUUACAAAACAAAAGAAAAAACGCCAAUAGAAAUUAAAACAUCUAAUGAAAACGUCGAACCUGUGCACCAAAUAGGCGAGGAAGAUGAACAACAAACUGUCACAAGUGAAAUAACCGAGCAAAGUGAAUUCAAUGAAUUGAUUGAUGAUUCAAAAACAAUUUUAAAAGUCGAUAACUUAUUAUCCAUUGAAAAACCUAAGAAACUACUUAAUCGCUUUAAUUUUUGUGAACAAGGCAUACAAACAUAUACAUCAACGAAAAAAGAAGUCAUAACUCAAACUGAUCCAAUAAUACGUCAAAAAUUUGUUGGCCUAGCAAAUCAACGAAUUAUUUAUCAAGAAUAUAUGAUUGAUUAUGAAAAACAACAGAAAAAUAAAGAUAAAGGAAAACAAAAAGUCAGUUAUGGAUCAAAUAAAUCAGUCGUAGAAAAACAACUUGUCAAAACAGAUCGUCUGAAACCAGAAACGAUUGUUAAACGUCAUCAAGUUCAGAUUUUAAAAGGCAUCGAACGCGUAUUAAAUCAAAAUCGAUACCAAGAAUUGAUUUACAAUUUCAAAUAUUUUGAAGAUAAAACAGAUGAAAUUCGUGAUCCAAUGGGUACAUUGUUUCCAUUAUGGAAAUUUCCACCAUCAUCUGCUAAUCGUUCUGUUACGGCGCUAACAUGGAAUCCAGCUUAUUCUGAUAUGCUAAUAAUUGGAUAUGGACUUUAUGAUCGAGCUGAACGAAUACAAGGUGCUAUUGCUGUAUUUACAUUGAAUAAUGAUCAUCCGAAUACUUUAAUUCAUACUGAAAGUACUGUACUAUCAAUUGAUUGUUUACCUUCAAAACCAUAUCUUAUAUGUGUUGGAUUAAUGGAUGGUGAUGUAAUCGUUUAUGAUAUAUCUAUUCCAGCUGGUAAAGCUAAUUUUACAAAUACCAAUUACACGUGUAAACAUUUUGGAUGUGUCUGGCAAGUUCGAUGGUGCACAUCAUCGGCUAAUCGUCAACCUUGUUUUUGUUCUAUUGGUUCUGAUGGAAAAAUAAUGCGAUGGACAUGUAUUAAAGGUGAAUUAAGACAAGUAGUUUUAUUUGAUUUACCAAGUUCAACGAAAACUACACGACUUGAUGAUAGCACUCUUUUAUCUCUGCCAGAUCCUGCAAUAGCAUUUGAUUUUCAUCGUAUUCGAACCGAUAUAUUUCUCGUUGGGACAGAAGAUGGAAAGAUCUACAAAGCAUCCAUUGAUGAUCCUGGAAUAAUUGAUAUGACAUUUGAUGCUCAUGAAUUUGCGGUUUAUUCUGUGCAAUGGAGUCCAUUUCAUCCAAAUGUUUUUGUUUCCUGUUCUGCUGAUGGUACAGUAAAAAUAUGGCAUGAAAAAAUGAAUGAAUAUUUAAUGAGAUUUGAUUUAUGCACAAGUUUACAAGAUAUUGCUUGGUCACCUUAUACAUCUACUAUGUUUACUGUAGCUGGAGCAACUGGCAAAGUUUAUAUGUUUGAUAUUUAUUCAAAUAAACUCGAGCCAAUAUGUGAACAACGCUUAGCAAAAGAGUCGAGAAAGAUGUGUACUAAAAUUGCUUUUAAUCCUAUUCAUCCAAUAUUAUUAGUUGGCGAUGAAACUGGCUGGACUAUUUGUCUCAAACUUUCACCCAAUCUUCGAAAAAAAGCAAAAAUUCGAAAAGGCAUCGAUAUUGAACACAAUUAUAAUCUUGAAUUUGAUAAACUUGCACAAGAACUAUCGCGAACAGUGACUGGAGAUUCAAUGAACGAUAUUCUUAAUGAUCAAAUGAAUGAUAUUGAGGAUUAA